AUGCAAAGCAGUGUAGAACCAACGAGGAAUCCGCAUAGAUCGCAGCUCAGAACCACAUACUCCACCAUGGCGUUGAAGAUGAUGCAGCCGGGGUCGCACAAACUCCCGCGCACACCGCACCACAGUGUCCGCUUCACACAAGACGACCACAAGUAUAAAUCUCUGGACUUCUCCCAGGAGUCACCAGAGUCAGGAGACAGCUACGGGGGCCCCCAGUCCUUCCCGGGGCAGGACUCCGGGGCCCCCAGCCCUGAUGGCGGCCCCUACCAGCCUGCGGCCCUCAGGUUGAAGCAGAAUGAACAACGAAUCAAACUCCUGACCUCGAUCAACCAUAUCGUCCAGCAGCGCGCCGAGUUGGAGUCCAACCGCGUGACGCUGUCCAACUUGCUGGAUGAGCUGCGACGGAAACUCAAGAGGAGGAUCGAGGAAUGUCACGUUGAGAAGAAGGAGAAGAUGAAGGCUUUAAAACAAGCUAACCUGAAGCUGGAAAAGGAGCGGUUCGGCCUCGCCAGCGAGGUCGAGCACCUCAAACGCCACCUGGAGAAAGAGGAAGCCCACCACGUACAACAUGCCAGGAAUGCUGUCGCUCAGGCGAUCCAGGGGGUAGCGAAGGGCAUGCCAUCAGAGCACUUCUUCAACCCGUGUUCUAUCAGCGACCUGCCGGCUGUGGUCAGCAGAAACGUUGCUAAGAACGCUCCCUCCAGAGUCGCUGACAACAAGUUGGCAGCAGCGCGUCUGAUGCGCGACAUCGCUGAGCUGCGGCAGCGGGUGGCGCAGGUGGAAGCCAGACUGGCAAACGAGCUCAAGCGUAAGAGGCAGACUGAACUCGACAUUGUGCGACUGAGAAAGGAGCUUUCGAUGACCAAGAGCAGCGUCGCCGCGCUGCGCACCCCGCGCCCCCAUUGUGCUAGGUUUGCAUAA